AUGCCCAUCGGCCCUCUGGCCGCACCGCUGCGCCUUUUCCUCCUCUCCGCUAUCAUGUCCGCGUCCUCGGGACACCGCAUCCUGUGCCUUCACGGCAGCGGCGGCAGCGGCGACGCGUUCCUCGCUCGGCUCGCGCAUCUGCAAGAGGGAACGGCCCGGUCAUUUCAUGCGAUCGACGCGCCGUCGGGGCGGCGAACGUGGUGGACGUACUCGGCGGGCGAGCGAUCCUUCACGGCCUCCUCUUACGAGGGCGCGGAGCAGAGCAUCGCUGCGGUCGAGGCCGAGCUCGAGUCGGGCGGCUACGUUGGCCUGCUCGGCUUCUCACAGGGCGCAAUGCUGGCGGCAAUCGUCGCGGCGAGGGCCUCGCUCCGCGAGAGCUGCCCAUUGCUGCGCUUCGCGGUCAUCUGCGCCGCCGCCGCCGUGGUGGCAGACGCCCGAUGA